AUGAAUCCCAUAUGGAAAGUGUACAAGAGCAAAGUGCUGAAGACCCUGAACCCGGACCUAGAGGAGUACACGGAGGAAGAGGUAAAUAAUGCAGAGAUUGACAUGAGCCCUGUCCAGGAGGAUGAGGGGCCCAAUGCAGUGUCUCAGCUGGCCAAGAGAAUGCAGGGUGCUGGGGCUAAAGGCUGGAACAGGAUGUCAACACUCUUCAACAAAGAGGAUGAGCACCAGCUAUUGGAGGAGACUGAGAGUCCGCCUGUCCCAGACCAUCCACUAGCAGUGAUGCCUGAGGAGCCGCAGAGACCGGCCAGACCCUCAGGAUUCUGGGGUAGCUUCGCCACCAACUGGAAACAAAUGGCCGCCUCGAAACAGGCUGAAGCCGCAGCAAACGAGACAGGCACGAUGGAGGAGGGUCAGGAGGCGGUAGGCGAGGGAGGUGGUGAGGGAGGGGGGGAGAGUUACCAGGGGGAGAACACGGAGGGAGAGCAGAGUCAAGAUGAAGGAGGAGGGAGCAACACCAGCUUCUCCAAAUACGCCAUGCUGGGAGGAGGGAGCGAGAACACGCCCUUCAAGUGGAACUUUGUCACAGGCAAGCUGGCUGAGUUGAAGACCAAGAGCAUGUCUGGCCAGCAAGACUAA